AUGCCUAGAAGGAAUCCAAUUCAUAGAUUGUUCUGCAGCUAAAAUUGGACAAUCAAAUCAUAAAUUACACUAUUCUCUAUUCUUUAUAUUGCUUUCUGCAUUUUGCUAACAACUACUCUGCUGAUGAUUUUCUUGAAUUUUUCAAAGGACUCUCUAUCAUAGAGCACAUUAUCAAUGGAAAGGUUAGAAACAACCAAUUAAAUGUCUCGGUAUAAUACUCUCCAAACUUAAUCUUUCAAUAGAGUUUUGAAUUUUAGUUACUAGACUUUAUCUAAUAUUGACAAAUUAAAUCACUUUAUUGAAAUGCAGGGAUAAAACAAUUUUAACAUAAUUUAACCAACUAAUUGCAUUGAUAAUCCAAAGCUGUGGGAUCAAUAUAUAUUUAAUUGUAGUUUGUGUUACAAAUUCUGUAACAAAACUAUGUAAAUAGAUGAGUAUGAUUAUUAAUAGUACCUUUCAUUAAUUUCUCUGAUUACUCAGACUCUCCCAAUUUUGAAUUUAUAUAGAUAAACAUUUUUCACUAGCACAGGCUUUGAAUAAUUCUUUACUGUUUUUAAAGGGGGAAAUUACACCAAGUUUGUAGCCCAUAUAAGACCCUGGUAUAUAAACCAUAUGAAUAGAACUAAGUAUGAAAAUCAAAGAUUCUACCUCUCUGACUUAUAUUUGGAUUGGAUUAACAAAUUAGCGAUCGCUUUUACAGCGAGUUUGACUAACUUAAAGGGAGAAAUGAUUGGAGUGAUCGGAUACGAUUUAGCUUUUGAUUUGCUUCCCUAUUUUGUGGAUUAAAGACUCAAAAUGGAAAUUGUCAAUUCAACCGGCCAUUUAUUAGUUAGUAGCUAUUAUGAGGAGUUCAAGUAUCCUACAGUCAUUUAUAAUACUUCUCUAACAGGGUUUACACAAUACGAUUGGCAGAAGAUGAAAUAGUUUGGAGAUGACGAGAACAUAGGGAGAGGUACCUUGAGAGUUAAGAAUCGCAAGACGUUGGAAUAUAAUGAGGUUUCAGUCUACAAAUUGGUGUAUCCUUAAUUUUACAUUAUUAUGUAUCUAUAUGUAUUAACUAGUUAUUAAACAGAUGAUUAAUUUAUAAAGGAUCAAUAAGCAAUUUUAAGUAAUUUGGAUAAGUUUGACGUAAGCAUUUUAUAAGGGACUAUUUAUUUUAGCUUAAUAAUUUUAUUUUCAGUAUUGUUGAUUCAGUUCUUAAUCAUUAAGUAUGUUUUAAGUCAUUUAGAAUCCUUAGUUCUAAUCACAAAAUAAUAAAUUUUCUUAAAACAAAGAAUCAAGAACAAAAGUGUAGCAAUUAAUCCUGAUAAGGAUAACACCAUAUCUAAAUUAUGUCGAUCCUUCUUAAGAUUAAAUUAAAAUUUAACCAACUUUAAAUGGAAGAAAUCUAAAUUGUGCAGAACCAUACAGAGAAUCAAUUACCCCAAAAAGAAUUCUGGUAUCGAUUCCAUGAUGUGUGAGAUUUUCAAUAAUAAAAUCAAAGGUUUAACUGAGUAGUUGGAAAAUUACGAGGAUGACAAUUUUACAGGGUUCAAUCAAGAUAUGUUUAAGACACUCAUUUCCAGAAAUAAGUAUUUACAUAAGUUAUUUAUAUAAAAAUAUGGUACUCAGUGA